AAUGCCUCUCACUCAAGCAGAAAGUGUUAUAAAGAAUAUCAUACGAGAAAUAGGACAAGAAUGUGCAGCUCAUGGGGAGAUUGUUUCUGAAACUCUGGUUGCUUUUAUGGUGAAAGCUGUUGUCCUGGAUCCAAGUAAUGGCUUUAACAUGGAUAGAACCCUCAUGAAAAGUGAUGUGCAGAAACUUGUUAAGCUUUGUGUGGCUCGACUACUGGAUAAUAAAAAUCCAUCUCUGGACACCAUUAAGAUGCAAGUCUACUUUGAUAUGAAUUACACAAGUCGAGAAGAAUUUCUUGAAGAACAUCACCGGGUCCUGGAGUCUAGAUUAGGCUCUGUUAGCAGAGAAAUUACAGAUAAUAGAGCAUGUGCUAGAGAAGAAUUGGAAAGCCUUUACAGGAAGAUUGUCAGCUAUGUGUUGCUACGCUCUGGGCUUGGAUCCCCUACAGACAUCAAGAUUGUCAGAGAGGCAACAGCUGCACUACAGAGUGUUUUUCCUCAUUCUGAACUGGGGACAUUUCUGACUCUUACUAAAAAGGACAAAGAACGCCAGCUGAAAGAACUCACUAUGAUUGUUACUGGAAUUCGCUUAUUUAACAGAGACUGUGGAAAAGGAGGAGAAGGCAUUGAUGAUUUGCCAGCUAUUCUACAUGAAGCAAUCCCAGCCACCACUCAACAUAUUGAUUCCCAACUUCAGAUUGCCCAGGACCAGGUAUAUCGCUACACAGCCAUCCUUGAGAAGGUAACAAAGAACCCACUCAUGAGUAAAGAACUCGAGCCAUAUAUGUUAAAGGAGGCAUUGUAUAACGUACGACAAUAUGAGAUCUUCCUUCAGAUCAUUUUGUCAGAUAUAAUUACUUGUGCCCAAGAAGUGGAAAUUAUGAUAAAACAGUUAGGAGCCCAAUUGGAACUUUUAAAAUCCACUGUAAAAUCAAGAACAGCUAUCCCAACAUCACAAGUCUUUCCCAUCUUCAUUUCACUGGCCAAUCUGUGGACUAGCUUUCAGGAUGAAACUGUUUUGAUUAGCGUCCUCAGUAGUUUAACCAGUCACCUGGAGCCAUUUCUGGGUGCUCAUGAACUUCUUUUUCCUGACAGAAUAAUGCAAGGUCUUCUUGAUGAUGUGACAGUGAAAACAGAUGUGUGUAGAAUAAAAGAACAUAUGGAAGAUAGAGUACGUUUGACAGACUUCAAAAAACUGGAAUGGCUUUUCCCAGAAACAACAGCAAAUUUUGAAAAGUUAUUAAUUCAGUAUCGGGGAUUUUGUGGUUACACAUUUGCUACAACAGAUGGUCUUCUCCUUCCAGGAAAUCCAACAAUUGGAAUUUUGAAAUAUAAAGAGAAGUAUUACACAUUCAGUACUAGAGAAGCUGCAUAUUCAUUUGCAGAAAAUCCUGAAUAUUAUAUUGGUUUAAUUAAAGAAAAAGCCAAAAAAAAUGCAGAGUUAAUUCAGCUACUGGAACUUCAUCAACAGUUUGAAACACUUGUUCCAUAUUCUCAGGUGAGAGAUGUUGACAAACAUUAUAUAAAACCAAUUACGAAGUGUGAAAGUAGUACACAGACAGAUACACAUAUACUGCCACCAACAAUUGUGAGAGCAUAUGAAUGGAAUGAAUGGGAAUUAAGAAGAAAAGCUAUAAAAUUGGCCAAUUUGCGUCAGAAAAUUACUCACUCAGUACAAACUGAUCUUAGUCACAUGAGAAGAGAAAAUUGCUCACAGGUGUACCCUCUCAAAGAUGCUAGCACCCAGUCGAAUAGGGAGGGCAGCACUCGAGUACCCAAGCCCCAGAUUUACAUAGCUGGUCUUCGAGGGGGACGAAGCAAAACUACCCAUGCAGUCAAGGUGAACCUAACAAGAGCUGUUGAUGAAACCUAG